AAUCAGUAACAGGUCUUGGCAAGCUGCGUGUGAAGAGUACAGGCUCCUCUUCCUCUGUUUCUGAAACUGGUGAUGCAAGCGCUCCCGCCCUUUUCUGAGAACACAGAACGCCUAACUCAGGCAGGCAGCCGCGGUGGCUCUCAAAACCGUGCAUCCCUGCUGGGGUGAGCGCCACCCGCAAACAUGAAGCCCGCCAGCUGGUGCUGGCUGAGCUCGGCUGUCCUUGCCGCUUUCAGCUUGUUGGUUGCAGGAAACAAUGAAACGGAGGAAAUUAAAGAUGAAAGGGCCAGGGAUGCCUGCCCGGUGAGACUAGAAAGCAGAGGGAAAUGCGAGGAGGGUGGCGAAUGCCCCUACCAGGUGAGCCUGCCCCCUUUGACGAUUCAGCUCCCCAGGCAGUUCAGUAGGAUCGAGGAGGUGUUCAAGGAAGUCCAAAACCUCAAGGAAAUGGUAAAUGCCCUGAAGAAAUCGUGCCAGGACUGCAAACUGCAGGCUGACGACAGCCGGGCCCCCGGCAGAAAUGGACAGCUGUCACCUAGCCCAGGAUCCCUGGAAGAAGCUGAUGACAACAGAGUUCAAGAAUUAGAGAGUGAGGUGAACAAGCUGUCCUCUGAUCUCAAGAAUGCAAAGGAGGAGAUCGACCUGCUUCAGGGUCGCCUGGAGAAGCUCAAUCUUUUAAAUAUGAACAAUAUAGAGAGUUAUGUUGAUAGCAAAGUGGCAAAUCUAACUUCGGUAGUCAACAGUUUGGACGGCAAGUGUUCAUCCAAGUGUCCCAUUCAAGAAGAAAUACAGUCACGUCCAGUUCAACACCUAAUAUAUAAAGAUUGCUCUGACUACCACACAAUAGGCAAAAGAAGCAGUGAGAUCUACAGAGUUACACCGGAUCCCAAAAACAGUAGUUUCGAAGUUUUCUGUGACAUGGAGACCAUGGGGGGAGGCUGGACUGUGCUGCAGGCCCGUCUCGACGGAAGCACCAACUUCACCAGAAUGUGGCGAGACUACAAAGUAGGUUUUGGCAAUCUCCGAAGAGAAUUUUGGCUGGGGAACGAUAAAAUUCAUCUUUUGACCAAGAGUAAGGAUAUGAUUUUAAGAAUAGAUCUCGAAGACUUUAACGGCGUCAAGCUCUAUGCCUUAUAUGAUCAGUUUUACGUGGCCAAUGAGUUUCUCAGAUACCGUUUACACGUUGGUAACUAUAAUGGCACAGCUGGAGAUGCCUUACAUUUCAGUAAACAUUACAACCAUGAUCUGAAGUUCUUCACUACCCCAGAUAGGGACAAUGAUCGAUAUCCCUCUGGGAACUGUGGGCUCUAUUACAGUUCAGGCUGGUGGUUUGAUGCAUGUCUUUCUGCAAACUUAAAUGGCAAAUAUUAUCACCAAAAAUACAGAGGUGUCCGCAAUGGGAUUUUCUGGGGCACCUGGCCUGGGAUAAGUGAGGCACAGCCUUAUGGCUACAAGUCCUCCUUCAAAGAGGUCAAAAUGAUGAUUAGACCCAAGCACUUUAAACCAUAAAUCACUAAUGCUCAUUUCUCUCAGUAUUCAUUACCUAAUAGGGCAAUUAAUUCUUUCAGCACUUUGGAAUGUAUUUCAUACUCCUUUUCUAUGACUAAAAAUUUAUCUCUAAGCAGUGGGUUCUUAUGCUACACAGCAUUUGAAAUAAAGCUAAAAAAAUAAACAUACAUUUUAAAGGA